AUGGAGUGGCGGCAAACACAUGCCGAGAGGACGAACCGGAAGUUGCCGACGGAGCUGGAGAACCCACGAUACAUCCUCGACGAGCAGGAGCAGCAGCGUAUCGCCGACUGGCAGCCGCAGCCGCGCAGCACCAGCGCCGGCGAGGGCGGCAGAACUCCGCCGCUGUCGUCGCCCUACCGGCGACUCGACAAGCACCUGUACCUCCUCACGCGCCCCAAGGGCGGCGAGUGGAGCUUCCCGUCCGCGGCGUACGUCCCCGACGAGGACCCGAGCACGCGCGCGGUUGCGGAGCGCGCGCUCAGGGGAGCCGUGCGCGUCGCCGACGACGGCGGCCAGCGCGCGGGGCUGCGCGUGUUCUUCGUCGGGAACGCGCCGAUCGCGCACUGGGAGGGGGGGGAGUCCGGUGCGGGGCCGGUGUUCUUCCACAAGGCGCAGGUUGUGGCGGGAGCCGUGCGGGGGUGCGACGGGGGCACCGAGCUGGCGUGGGUCGGGCGCGACGAGGUGCGCGAGAUGCUCGGGGGCGCGGGGCUCGGGGACGUCAUCGAGCGCGCGCUCGUGGACUGA